GGCUUCAAUCCCUUUACGCAACUUGAUGUAAAGUGGUCGAACAAAAUUAGUUACCUUGAUAUUGGUACACAUACUUCUGGAGCUCCAAAUGCUCUCCUUUCAUCAUACUGUUUUUUUUAUUUUUAUCCUGAGUAUAUAUUGUACAUUGACAUGUUCAUCCUGACCCUUUCACGAACAAAUUAGUGUUGCGUGAUUGGUCAGAUUAUUCUCACCUUAAUAGAAGGUGCCCAGUGCUGUAAGGACAUGCUUGGGUUAACAAUAGUUCAAAUUGUAAUUCUGGAUAAAUAUAAUUUCACAUACUGGUUUAGUUUAGAUUCAAAUGCAUCGCAAAGUUUGAAGCGUUUUUCGGUGAUUGAUAAUGUCUCAAAUAGCAUUUGCAUAUUAUUUUGUAUUUAAUGCAGAGCUAGAUUGUGUGAAAGUCGAAGACAUAUUUUUGAUUUUACACAUAGAUUGGUACAAAUUUCACACAACUGUUCAUGUGCUUUUAAUAAACCCUUUUUUAUUAAAUUUUAGAUGUUACUAAUUAUUUAACAUAACUUAGCUAAGAUAAAAUUCAGAAGUAGGAACAAAUACCGUUACCAUGCCGAUCGUUAAACGAACAGUCUCGCCCACAGCUCUGUGUCGGCAGAAAAUACCAAGGGGAUUGAAGAAUGAACUGGAAUGUGUGACUAAUAAUACUUUGGCCGGUGUCAUCCAUCAGCUUGCCUCGCUCUCCCAACAUGCGGAAGACAUCUUUGGUGAACUUUUCUCGGAGGCGAACUCAUUCUAUGGUCGAGCAUCGUCAUUAAAAGAUAGAAUCGAUCAUCUGUCAGUCAAAGUCACCCAGCUGGAUUCCAAUGUAGAGGAAGUUUCACUCAUCGACAUCAACUCAAGGAAAGCAUUCAAAUCGUCAGUAACAACCGACCAACAAGUAGUCUCAAGGCAGUCUCUGUCUCGUUCCGUAUUGAAUACUUACAAACAAGCCGACGCCCCACCCCCACUGCAAGAGCUCAAUCAAUUCAGAGAGGAUGGCAAGGACGGGCUCAAGAUCUACACCGACCCUGAUUAUUUCUUUGAUUUGUGGAGAGAGGCGAUUCAGAAGGAAACGAGAGAAGCUCGAGAGAAACGACGAGAACAACGGAAACGAGAUCGAAAAGCAAAUCCAGAUCUGAGAAGUAAAGCUAAGGUUCGUCAAGCGGUCAAUACUCGCAAACAGCAAGCGGAGAGAAUGCGACAUGGUGCGGAAUUUAUUGAGCCUGUAUCCAAAUCCUCGUCUGCGAGCGUCCGCAGAAGUUCAACUGCUCGAAAGAGGGAACAACAGCAAGUACCACAGAAGGAUUACCUCCCUCCUCCCACGGAACAGCAGUCGACAAAUCAUCCGCAUCCUGCAAGCAUGCCACCGCCGCCGCCACUAGAUGGAGGUGCACCACAAACUUCGUACCCAGAUACUCCCACUGAUUACCAUGGAUUCGCUCCUCCCCCUCCAGAGCCGAUGCAUUCUCCACCUCCCCCCAUGAUGAAUGAUUACUCCCCCCCAAUGUCUAACCCGCCCCCACCCCCACCGAUGAUGAAUGGGGAAAUCCCCCCUCCUCCAGUGAUGAACAUGAGUAAUGUCCCACCUGCUCCUAUGGCCCCGCCUCCUCCAAUGGCCCCGCCCCCACCGCCAGCCCCACCCAUGCUAUCAAAUGAAGAUUCUGCUCCUUCUGGACUGGCUGCAGCAUUGCAAGGAGUCUCACUGAAGAAAGCUGAACCUCAGGCCCCAGCUCCUGUGGAUGAGAGAAGCAACUUGCUGGCUGCAAUCAGGAUCGGUAUCAACUUGAAAAAGGUUGAAGAGAAAGAGAGGAGCGAAGCACAGCCAUCUAGUGGAAAAAACGAUGUCGCUUCCAUUCUAGCUCGUAGAAUCGCCGUUGAGUUUUCUGAUUCAGACGUUUCGGAUUCGACAAUUGCUUCGGAUGAUGACUGGGAUUGAGAUCAUACAUGGUCCAUAUAUAAUUGAGGGAUAUUUAGACAAUAUCGUGCUUGAACCGAAUAUAAUUAGAUGGAUUGGCCGUGGAUAAAUUUGAUUGAAACUAUUUUUAAAUGGAAUGGGUGACAUGGCCAAUGCUGGAAAAGUUUGCUUACAUUAAUGUAGUUCAGACAAUGCUGUCCAAAGAACCUAUUUUCUGGGUAGCAUUAGCUUAGAGUUUCGCUCAAGCCAAAUUGUUUACAAUGGGCCGUCAUGAAAUCGCCUCGUGGCCCUCUUCGUGGGGCGGGAAGCCCAAUUGAGAAAAUAUUCAUUAUUAUUUCCAUCUAUACUUCAUUGAUAAAAAUAGUUUAUACAGUGGCUUGUUUUUCCUUCAUUGCCCCGAUGACAAAUAUUCGAAACCCCGGCUAAACUAUAUUGUUUGCUUCUCACCUGUUUUGCUUAUUUUGCAAUGAUAAUCCUCUUAGCAACCACAAACCAUGGCCAGUUAGAAUGUAUCUGAAUAUUAUUCCAGAAUUAUAUCUCACAUUUAGGAAAAUAUCUUACAAUUCACAGGACGUGAUGGCCUGGUGGGUAAUGCAUAAGGAAUUAAUGUAUUGCGGUCAAAGAAUAAACCAAUCAUGGCCAUUUGUGAUUUAAAGUAGUCUUUGUGAAUGCUACAUAGUUAUUAAAGCCUGUGAUUGUGGUCUCCUUGAGAAUCUCAUUGUGGUCUCCUUGGGGGUGAUGUCCCUCCCAGCUGGGGAAACCUUGCUCUGAUUGAAAAUAAAAUCGACCUCUACCGAACGAAACUUCACUCCGAUUUCAUAUUUUGGUUUGAAAUUUAUUUCCAGAUUCAGGCUUUGUCUAGUUCAGGGAUGGGCAACCCCUGGCAGGCGUGCCGAACUUGACAUGUGAGCCCAUUUAUUCAGCACACGAGCAAGGCCCCGGAAACGAGAUAAUUUUCCUUCAGAUAAAAAGACUCCGAAUCAUCUGAUGUAACUAGGUUUUCGUUUAUUCGUUAUUGUUUGUUAACAAUCCAUUAUUUAUUUAAACUCUUUUUGUCCUUUCAUGACAUGGUGACACAAGGGAAUAUAUUAUGACGUAACAACUGAGUGAGCUCUCGACAAUCCUGGUCGGCACGCGAAAGAAUUUUGUGAUUAAAUUAGCCGAUUCUGGCACGCGAGCCGAAAAAGGUUGCCCACCCCUGGCCUAGAUGUUUUAGAUUAAGGCGAAAUACCUUACAGGUACGUAGUUUUGAAAAAAAACCUGUAAUAGUCUCCACUGGAAUGUGAAGAGCUGCUUUUAAUAGAACUAGAAUACUUCUGGUUCAACAUUCCUGCCCUGUUUCGACAGAAGGUUUGCAUUAAGUGUUAUAGCUUUGGACAAUGCCUCGACUUACGACGUUGUUCCGUUCUUGAGGCGUUGUAACCCAAAUUUCAGUGUAAUUCGGAACAAUAAAAAUGGCGUACAGUAUCACUGAAACUGUGUACCAUGUGACUGAAGCUUAGUGAUUAUUCGUUCAUAAUCGUAAUAGUUCGCAAUUGUUCACCAACGAAAACCAAUGGGCCCAAAGCACUGAUUAUCUUGAUCACAGUGAUCCAGUUUAAGGGCUCCCAAAUUACAGUAUUAUAUUUUUAUGGAGUGCGUUUGUAACCUCGAAACAGCGUAAGUCGCAACCCGAGGACCCCCUGUACAAGCAAAUGCUAAAGAGAUACUAUUCGCAGAAGAACUGAAACUGCUCGACAUCGCUUGCCCUUUUUCGUUACAUGUUUCAUGCUAACAGUGAUAUCUCCCACUACUGCUCGACCACUUGCUUAUUUUUGCACUAAUUGAAAUUUUUAUUUUAAUCAUGUAUAGUUUCAAUGAUAUAUUAUUACAGACUAGCUUACUUUGUUUAUUAUGUCAGCUUAACCACUGGGGUUUCCCCCUCACGCAAUUUUUUUUAAAAAUAUUCCUAAUUCUUUCAAUUACUGCAUUUCGUACAUGAUAAACAACAAACAAAAUACAAAUAACUAAAGUGUCGUCACAGGGGAACCCCCUCCUCCAACUCUUUGCCAGAACAUUCCCAAUAUCUUUCAAUUACUGCAUUUUUUAAUUGUACAGGGCAAAAAAUAGAUAAAUACCCCAACAGAUUUUAAAAUUUACAAAGAGUCAGUUUUGUCCCAUUUUUAGGAAAUCCUUUAUAAAUCAUUGACAUUCAAUAAAAAAUGUGGAGGCUUCUAUUGAACAAAACUUCCUUUGCAGUAUAAAUCAUGAUUCAUUUUUUGAGCGCUUUCGAAGUAUAUGCACCAAGAUGGCUCACAACUUGAACUCUAACCUAGUACAUGUACUAUGUUCAGGAUGUGCGCCAUCUUGUUGCAAUACUUCUGGAGCUCCCUUAUUUGUUGUUGUUGUUUUUCCACGAAUAUUCAUUUUCAAAUUUCCAGUAUUUAAAGAUUGAACAAGUCGCAAACUUCCUCAAAAAAGUUGGCGUUCACCUGUAUCAAUCGUGUUUUUCAGACAUCAAUUUCACAUUCCUUGGAUUGUUUGCACCCCUACGUUGGUGAUUUCUUUGCUACUAAUCUUAAUUAAUAAUAAAUAUUUCAUCCAGAUUAA